CUAACCUUGUCACAAUCACGUCGCUUUUUUAUUGGAAUUUUCCCACACUGGAAACUUUUGCCAUAUUUGUACCUACAGAGGUAAGGUACUUACCGACCGUACCUCAUUGCAGCCUGUCGCAUGCUGCGUCGCUCCUGCACCCAUUAUUUCUGCCAGACUCAGUGCAUGCACGCCCAGUCACAGCCAGCCUCGCCUCGCUUUGCUCUCAAAAACCAGAAAAUCCCUACUUUAAAAAGCCGCAACUCAGAUGUGAGAAGAGACUGGCGUUGCCGCUCCCACUACCAUACCAAAAUUCUCCAAUAAAUCGCCAACCCUCGACCUCAAACCUGACCUUCCGCAAACCAAACACCUUGAAGAGCAUAAUCGAGCCACGUGUAGUCUACACGCGACGACUAUCACAAAAUGGAAAGCAUACAGCUAGCCCAGAUGCUGGCUGAUCUCAGCGAUCUAGAUGCAGCACAAGAGGCCUCUGCCGCCCUAGCCCUCGUAAAUGCGAACAAGAACCUACCCACGGCCGACAAUGCUACACACUGUACAUCAGCACCCAAGGCGACAGAGAGGCACCACCACCGCGUGGCUUCUGCGCAACCGGCGGUCAACAGAACAUCCUCGCCCGCUACCAUGUUCGACAAGUUCGGCCGUAAAAUGUUCACCCCGCCCAUGACACGAAGCAACUCCACCCAGGGUUCCAUACCGGGUACUCCCAGGAGAGAGCAAGAGAUGGAAGACGAUGUUGACCGAGCCUCGACACUCAUCUCCCUCUACGAGAUACGCGCCAAGAUCAAACAACAGGACAACUCGAGCUUGAUUCGGGCGCGGGAAAAGAUACAGGCUCUGGCAGCCAAGCAGCAAGCCCAAGCGGCGGCAGAAAAGAAGGACACGGCACAGAACACUCGAUAUAACUAUCCGAAACAAACCUGAGAUCACCACCGACCUAUUUGACGAACCGCCCCUCUUUUCUCCCUUGUUUUCCCUCCUUUUUGGCAAUUUAUAUUGUUCUCGCUCAUUAUUUUCCCUUUACGACAAGAUUUUCUCUCUCUUCCUUCGGCAGCGGCAUUUAUAUUUUUCUUGGGGUCAUGGGAUGGGAAUUGGUAGUUUCUGGAUCAUACCAACAACAGACGGCGUUUGGAGUUUCAAAACAAUCCUUGGAUGGACUUGCACUGGGCAUGCGUUCGUGUUCCUCCUAAGUCACAGUGGACAGCUUAUUGCCACCGGAUGAUGAUUUACAUAUGGGGGUUUCCGCUAUUGCUUAUCGUUCAAGUUGGCGUCUUUUCAGCCGCUUAUACUAUGAUCAGGAACUUUCGGCGGUGGAAUUGAACAGCUGGACCAUUAAGAAGGAACUAGCUCGUGAUGGAGUUAGACUAGCAUCGAAGUUAUGCGGUUCUACGGUGUGAAGAUAUGCACACUAUUUCUCACUUGGAAGACCGAAUUUUGAACAGUGACGUCUUUGGCUGCACGCUUGGUCUGAGGAGGCACGCGACAUACAUUUUGAGAGCGGGGGCGGUUUGUGCAUUUGUGGCUUUGUUGUGUGUUUAUAAUGCAUGCAAAAAUGGGUGCAUAAUCUUCCUGACUGGGGUCACUACGGGAACAAAGGGCUCUCUCUCCCUAUCGAGUAACUAUCGCAAAGGCAAAUGCCAAGCCACCUGCAUCUACCUGUAUCCUGGUAUGAACCAUAAACCCAUUAGAUGAUGUUUUGGUCACCAUGAUGCAGAAGCAGCCUUAUGGGUCGGCAUUUAACACAUCCACUGCACAACUGCGUCACUUGUGUAAUCGACGGGACCCGCACAUCCGGAGCAAAAGGCCCCACAUACGC